AUUUUUGCCGAACAACAGAGACUGGACAUGGAGAAUUGGCUUUAGCUUUUCUACUUUUUGUGCAACCCCCUCCAUCAAGAAAAGCAAUAGAGACCCACAGAACCAAACCGCACAGCAAUUUCUGCUUCUGCCUAUAAGACCAGCCAGAACCACUACUAAACCCCACCUUCCUUUCCCUCCCUUUCCCGUCCUUUUCCCUCAAUCCAAACAGAACGAGAAACAGGAUUCACAUUUGUAGCAGAAUGGAUAAUCAACGAAGCCCUCUUCUCAGUUGGGCUUACUUCUGCCAAGGAAAGACAAUUGAGGAAUUAAGGCAUUCUCUGUUGUGUGCCUCUUUGGAACUAGAACAGACCAGAAUGUGGGCUCAAGAAGAGCUGAAGAAAAGAGAUGAACAGCUUAUUCAGCUUAAGGAUCUGUUGAGCAAGACAUGCAGAGAAAGAGAUGAAGCUCACGAAAAAUGUCAAAGAUUUCUCUUCGAGAAAUUCUUGAUUCAACAGCAGCAGCAGCAGCACCAGCACCAGCAACAAUGGCAACAAAAGCAGCAGCAUCAGCAGCAGCAGCAGGGGGCUCCUCUUUCUGGAAUUUCCAGCAUUGAAGAUGAACCCAGAAGAGGAAUUGACUCCACCAAUGGCUUCUCCUCCUCCGAUUGUGAAGAAAGCAUUGUUUCCUCCCCUGUCCUUGACUCAAUUCAGCAAUCCCAAUUCCCACCAGCCCCACCACCGCAGCCUCUGCCACAAGCAACCUUAGAAUUGGUUCCUGAAAAGCCACUCCCUGAAAAGGGGAAGCUUUUGCAGGCAGUGAUGAAAGCGGGUCCACUCCUACAGACACUUCUCCUGGCUGGACCACUGCCUCAAUGGAGACACCCACCACCACCGCUUGAGUCCUUUGAGAUUCCACCGGUGACCAUUCCUUCACCACCACCACCACCACCACCACCGCCACCGCAGCUCCUCCACCACGAUAUCCUGACCACCAUUAACAGCUGCAACACCCUAAACUCGUGCGGUAAAGUGAAUAGGAAAAGGGUUGUGUAUGAUGGGUCAGAGUCUCCUAGAGAAGCCAAGUUCCAAAGAAUAGUUCUCCAUUGACUACUGGUAGUACUACUAAUAUUAGUAUUAAUCUAUAUAGUAUUUACCAUCUUAAUUAGUAAUUAGAAGGUGGGAUGUGGGUAUGUGACUGAUCUAGAAAUCUAGCAUGCCAUUUUUUGUACAGAAGAGGUUGAAGAAGAUGUCCAACUUUAACUCAUUUGAGGAGAUAAAGAGAAAACGAGGUUUUGUAUGGCGAUGUGCCAAAAUGCUCUUCGGGUGAAGAACAUUUUUUUUCACUCUCUCCUUUUUUUUUCUUUUUUCACAUUUUGGGUGUGAAAUCUCUGAAAUUGGAUGUAAAAAUUGUGACUUUCUCUUUUUUUUUUUUUUUUUAGAUGCUAGUAGUAGGCUUUGUUUUAGUGUGGGUUUGAGGAAUUGCAUUAAGGAAUCCAAAGAGUGAAGGAGUUGUUAGGGUAAGGCCAACCAGAGAGGGACUGGUUGUCGGGUUAGUGGAUCCCACAUAUCUGAACUGGAUCUGUUAUUGGUGUGAUGAUGUAUUAUUAUUGAUUUUGAUUAAAUUAAUUAAUCCCUU